AUGGCUUCUGCAACAAUUGGAUUAAAUGACUUGGCUUCAUCAUCUGACGAUCUUAUGGAUGAGCAGUCUCCAUUAUUUUCAUCCGUUUUGUCAAAUGAUGCGGUAUCUGAAACAAACAUAAUAGAUAUAUCUGCUCACCAUUCCCCUUCGGGCAUGGACAUUGAUUUAAACCAUAUGGCUCCAGAGCGGCAUAAGCUAACUGUUUUACCAAAAGUCUGGAUACGUUUGAAUGUAGGAGGGACGAUUUUCCAAACUACUCGACAAACUUUAUGUCGUGAAGCAAAUUCAUUUCUUGCUCGUCUUUGUAAAGAUAACGACGAAUUACCCAGUCAGAAGGAUGAAACCGGUGCCAUAUUGAUUGAUCGGGAUCCUGAAUAUUUCGCUCCUGUAUUGAAUUACUUGCGACAUGGCAAACUUGUUGUUAACAAGAAUAUUAGUAUUGAAGGAGUUCUUGAAGAAGCAGAGUUUUAUAAUUUGCCGCAGUUAAUUCAUUUAUGUACAGAACGGAUAGCAGAAUUCAGCCUGAAAAAAGCAAAGCAGACAAAGCAUGUUUAUCGCGUUCUGCAGUGCCAUGAAGAAGAGUUGACUAAUGUUGUGUCAGCCAUGUCAGAUGGUUGGAAAUUUGUUCAGUUGAUUCCUAUUGGCCAGUUCCACUAUCAGAAUGAUUUGCAAAGUGAAUAUUUGUGUGUCGUUUCUCGAGAAUUUCCCGAUAACGAAUUGAAAAAUGGAGAACAUACUGAUCUCACCGAUCGUGUUAAAGCUCUACAACAGAAAGCUCGCCGUAAGCUGAUAAUCAGUUCCAUUUUUCUCACUUCAUUUUAA